AUGUACGGGGAUGGGCCGGUGUUCAAGGCGGAAGGAGCUUCCUUCAGGGAUCAACCAUACGGUACAGAACUUCCUCAGGGACUAUGGACCACCGGUCUCUGUGAUUGUCACCAAGAUGGUCACAUUUGUGUUCAGACAGCUAUAAUGCCAUGCAUCUCCUUCGCUCAAAACACCGAGAUUGUAAACAGAGGAACCAUAUCUUGUAUGGAGGCAGGUUUGAUUCAUCUAGCGUUAGGGUUUGUGGGUUGCUGUUGGGUUUACGCGUUUCCAAGCAGGACAAGGCUUAGGGAACAUUUCGCAUUGCCUGAGGAACCAUGCAGUGACUUUUGGGUUCAUCUCUUUUGCACUUCUUGUGCUAUAUGUCAAGAAUCUAGAGAGCUCAAGAACCGUGGCGCCGAUCCUUCCAUCAGUUGGCUUUCGAAUGUAGAGAAAUGGAGCCGAGAGAAAAUAACUCCUCCUAUAGUUGUGCCAGGCAUGAUCCGCUGA